AAGUAAGGAAAACAGAAACAUAAAAAAAAAAAAAAAAAAUGAAGCAGAGUACAAAAAUGCUUACCUGCCUGCUUUGUUGUGUGCUAUUGUUUACCUUUGUGUUUCGCUGCUCCGGCGAUAUCAGCCAAAACAACUUCCUCACCAGGUACCAUGUAAAGAUCAUCAACGAACUUGCAGACGGAAGGUACCUUGAUGUGCACUGCAAAUCAAAAGACGACGAUCUCGGCCUGCAGCACCUAGGACCAAAUGGUGGCAAUUAUAUGUUCAGCUUCCGCAUCAAUUUUGGUGCCACUACUCUCUUUUGGUGUAAUUUUUGGUAUAAUUAUUCGCAUGCCGUCUUCAAAGUGUUUGAAGGUAGUACUGGGUUCAUAGUUGGCAUGUGCGGCGGUGGUGACACCUGCACUUGGAAGGCACAAGUCGAUGGAUUCUAUUUGUACAACAACGAAGAACAAAAGUAUGUGUAUAGAUUUCCAUGGGGAAGUAGUUAAACCCUAAAGAGGUGAAUUUCAAACGGGGAAUACUCCAGUGGUGUUAGGUGUGAAAUAAAACAGGCUUAUUUAU